AUGUCUUCGUCGGUUUUGCGUUCAAUCUUUGUUACAAAGUGUUCGAUGAAAUAUCUUCGUCGGUUUCUUGAUUCUUUCUCUUCUUACAGGUUGUUGUCAAAUAAUUUUGAUGUUGUUCGGGCUGUUUCUUCAGUAAGAAGGAGCUAUGAAACUGAAUUAGAACAGGUGUUUCUUAAAUCUCAUCAAAUUCUUCGACCGACAAUUGAAAGGAAUCCAAGUGAUUUUGUAGGCGCUGCAAAAUCUGACGCACUUUUAGUCAGAAGUGACCGUGCUUCUCAAGCUUUAUCAGCAGGCACAAGAUUGAGAGAAGGUAUCCAGCCGAUGUUUUCAGGAGAGCCAAAAUUCAGUUUGUAUUGGAUUGGCACUGUUAAAGAGAAGCCAUUGUUUGCAGUCGAAAUUAAUCGGCCCUUAUAUAGUUGA